AUGGGGGCAAUUUUGGGGGGUAAAUACACAAACGUGACAGUGAGGCGUGCCUUCAUCGUCUGGCUGCACUGCGGCCAGACCAACAAGUUCAAGGACGUCUGCAACUACUUCCACUUCUUGGAAGGAUUGGAGGACAACCUCUCAGUCGACACCCGGGCCGUCAGCCGUCGUCACGAAUUCGACCUGUUCACCAACCCGCCGCCCUCGUCCACCUACCUCAACUCCCACCACCCCAAGCUCUACACCAACACCCAGCUAGAAAACUACUACGUCACCAAACUAGAAGCCAUCAGGAACGAGAAAUGCGUGUUCAAACUAGAAGGCUUCGAGGAGAUCGGACCGAAAAAUGGGGCCACUAAACAGCAGAUAGUCGAAACCAGUCAGCUAAUCAGAAAAUAUUGCUUCAGCCACUCCAUUACUUUGAAGAAUUUCCUGACAGAAUUUAAAGAGUAUGCAGCUAAGUGUCAAUUGAACAACAACGUUCAAAACGUGGCCUUUUAUAUAAAGAGAAAAAUGGUGAAAGAAGAAAUAACAAUGAUAGCUAACUGUCCGAGAACGUUCAGCUUUCUUGAAGAGGAUUCCGUUGAAGAUACGUCUGUAAAUUUCUUGAGUCAAAUGAGAUUGUUAGAUAGUAUAAGAUUAUCUCCGACGAUGAAGCUGAAUGGAGUUGAUGUUUGGAAUAAUGAGAAUUUGAAGAACAAGGUGUCGAACGCUAGAAAUGCAUUCGCGAAGAAACAGAGUCAGAAGAGAAAUAUGAACCCGAUCCCGGAGAAACAGGAAGCUAGUAGGUACAAUAUAGAAUAUAUGAAAGUUGUUAAUCAGAAGUUGAAAAAUGAAUUAAUGUUGUUGUAACGAAAGC